CAAUCACCAUUCCCCGCCCAACAAAUCAUUCUGGGCCCUGGAGAGCCGGAAAAGGAACAAGUCAGAGGAGCUGAGGGGCUCAGGGGUGCGGGCCGGCCCUCCAGGUUAGCUCCGUGUGGGCAAGACCCCAGACCAUGGGUCUCCAGCACCUGCCCAGCUCCCGGAACUUUGCUUUUUCUGGCCCGCCCCCUGAGCGUGCGGCUUUCCGGCCAAAGUUCUGAGGGAAACAUGGUCUCCUUGCGCCUGGUUGUCUUUGCUGGGAAGUCCUGGCUGUCCUGUGGCCUCGGUCCUCGGCGGUUUUUCAGUUAUGGGACAAAGAUAUUAUAUCAAAACAUUGAAGCUUCCCAGGCUAAAUUCUUUCCACCAGUUCAAAAAGUGAUGCUACCACCCAAUAGUUUUCAAGGAAAAGUUGCAUUCAUUACCGGGGGAGGUACUGGCCUUGGGAAAGCAAUGACAACCUUCCUGUCCAGCCUGGGUGCUCAGUGUGUGAUAGCUAGCAGGAAUGUUGAUGUUUUGAAAGCUACUGCAGAACAAAUUUCUUCUCAGACUGGAAAUAAGGUUCAUGCAGUUCAGUGUGAUGUGAGGGAUCCUAACAUGGUCCAGAACGCAGUGUCAGAACUGAUCAAAGUAGCAGGGCAUCCCAAUAUCGUGAUAAACAAUGCAGCAGGAAAUUUUAUUUCCCCCUCUGAAAGACUGUCUCCUAAUGCUUGGAAGACGAUAAGUGACAUAGUUCUAAAUGGCACAGCCUAUGUGACGCUAGAAAUUGGAAAGCAACUAAUUAAAGCACAGAAAGGAGCAGCGUUUCUUGCUAUCACAACUAUCUAUGCUGAGUCUGGAUCAGGUUUUGUGGUACCAAGUGCUUCUUCCAAAGCAGGCGUGGAAGCCAUGCACAAGUCUCUUGCAGCUGAAUGGGGUAAAUAUGGAAUGCGAUUCAAUGUGAUUCAGCCAGGGCCUAUAAAAACCAAAGGUGCCUUUAGCCGUUUGGACCCAACUGGAGCAUUUGAGAAAGAUAUGAUUGAAAGAAUUCCCUGUGGCAGACUGGGGACUGCAGAAGAACUGGCAAAUCUUGCUGUUUUCCUUUGUAGUGAUUAUGCUUCUUGGAUUAAUGGAGCAGUCAUUAGAUUUGAUGGCGGAGAGGAAGUACUUAUAUCAGGUGAAUUCAACAGUCUGAGGAAGGUCACCAAGGAGCAGUGGGACACAAUAGAAGGGCUCAUCAGGAAGACAAAAGGCUCCUAAGGCCAUGCGGGCUUUUCUUGGUUACAGUAGAAGUCAGAAAACAGAAGUAGUACGAACUGACUGUAAUCUUGAAUAUUGUCAAGUCUAAUAGGAUUGUUAAUUAACAGUGAUUGAGUGCAUAUGCUGUGAUAGAACAAUGAUAGCCAUUGUAUAUCAAAGAAAAAUAAGAUGAGAUAUUGUCUCUUCAAGAAAAUUGUAAAGAAUAUCAUGUUUGAACUGCUUGGGUCCCUGCCACCCACGUGGAGUCUCCUGGCUUCAGCCUCGCUCAUCCCGGGCUGUUGUGGGGACUUUGUGGAAUGAAGCAGUGGAUGGAAAAUCCAGCUGUCUCUGCUUCUGUCUCUCUCACCCUCUCUGUCUUCCUGAUAAAUAAAAAGAAAUAAAUCCUGCUUACCAGUGUCAAACACGAUGAAAAAUGGAUGCUGUCUUUUUCUGCUCUUUUGUUUUUGUCAUGAUUAUAAUAGGAAAUGUGAGAAUACAAAAGAAUGAAAAAAAAAAAUGAAAAGCUCACUGACCUCCUAAAGUAAUUUUCUUUACGUUAGUGUGUUUAUUUUCAGCAUUUUGCUUUUUUAUGUAACAGUUUCUGUGCAGGUAGUUUGUAUAUGUAAUUUAUACAAAGAGUCUACUGCAGUUCAUUCCCCAGCUCACUUCACAAAACAGCCAUCUUCAGCUCCUCACUGUCUGCUUUUUCUUCUGGAAAAUGCCCCAUGCUUAUAUUGCUAUUUCUUGAUUCCCCCCCCCCCCCCAAUUUUAGAACCUUUGUGGAUGAUACUUUAGUUCCUUGUUCCAUUUCCAAACCCAUCCUCUGCCUUCUGCUUCUCCAAACACACGUGGACAUACAUAGUAUUUUCUUUCCACCAAUUCUACCAAUAUAACUAUAUCUCUGUUUUUUAUUAACUUGAUAUUUUUACCUUUUUAUAACUUUAUAAUUUUUUUUUGUUUUCAAUAUUUUCUUAUUGCCCGUUUUAAAACCAUUCAGUUGGGGGUCUAUGCAUAGCGGAUUAAGCCACUGCCUGCAGCACCAGCAUCCCAUAUAGGCACCUGUUUGUCCUGGCUGCUCCACUUCCAAUCCAGCUCCUUACUAAUGCACCUGGGAAAAGCAGUGGAAGAUGGCCCAAGUGUUUGGGACCCAGCCACCCAUGUGGGAGACCCAGAUGAAGUUCUUGGCUUCAGCCUGGCCCAGCCCUUGCUGUUUUGGCCAUCUGGGAAGUGAUCCAGUGGAUGGAAGAUUCUCCUCUCUCUGUAACUCUGACUUUUAUGUAAAGUAAAUAGAUAAUGAAAUAAUUUUUAAAAAAAAUUACCUGAUAACAAUUUUCCAGGCAUAGGUGUUUGGCCUGCUGGUUAAGCUGCUUACUGGGAUACCUGCAUCCCAUAUCACCAUGUCUGGGUCCUUUCUGGUUCCUGCUUCCUAUUAAUGCACACUCUGGGAGGCAGCAGGUGAUGGCUCAGGUAGUUGAGUUCUUUUCACAUGGGAGACCUGGACUGAGUUUCCAGCUCCCAGCUUGUGCUUGGCCAGGUUGUAGACAUUUGGGGAGCAAACCAGUGGAUGGGGGCUCUUUCUGGCUGGUUGUCUGACUCUCUUGCUCAAAUAAAUAAAUAUUUUGAAAGUAUUUACCAAUUUCAUACUGAGCUCCUUUAAAAAUGUGCUUAAUUGGGGCCUGUGCUGUGGCAUAGUGGGUUAAGCUGCCACCUGCAGUGCGGGCAUCCCAUAUGGGUGUCAGGUUCCAGAUGCUCCACUUCUGAUCCGGCUCUCUGCCAAUGUGCCUGAGAUUGCAUAGAGGAUGGCCCAAGUGCUUGGGCCCCUGCACCUAUGUGGGAGACCUGAAAGAAGCUCUUGGAUCCUGAAUUCAGACUGGCCCAUCUUCGGCUGUUGCAGCCAUUUGGAGAGCUAACCAGCCCGUGGAAUACUUCUCUCUCUGUCUCUCCCUCUUUCUCUAACUCUGCCUUUCAAAUAAAAUAAAUCUUUAGAAAACAAUUUUUUAAAAAUGUGCUUGAUAUUGAGAUGGUAUACUUUUUUACACUUGUAAAUUUCCUUUUUGUCUUAUUAACUUGGUUUCUUAAUGGGGGAUUGUAAACAUUUUUAUUUGUGUUAGCUUGUAUGUAAUUUUUCCUGUUAAACAUCUCUCAGAAUUUGCCUCAUUUCUGCAUAUUAUUAUAAAUGGUAGAUGAGGGAGAAAAAUUUGUGAUCAUAACAGAAUCAGAAGAGAGAAGACAUGGAGGAUACCAACUAAUAGGAAUUAUUGCUGUGUCUGAAAGAGAAACAAACAUUAUUGAUGGAGAGUCACUAUACCCUAUGACAGGCCACAUCCUAUUUUCACCUUAAGAAUUACGGCUUUGUCACUGUGAUUGGUACCUUUUAUGAGUCCUGCUUUUCUUUCACUAAUGGAGGGAUUAAUACUCAGUAAAUUAAAGAGGGUUAUUGGUGACAGUGUCACUCAUCUUACAAUUAAAAUGUGAAAACCUGCAGGAGCUGUUUCAGGUACAGUAUGACAGCCAUUGUUUCCUUACUGUUCCUGUGGAAAAUAAAGCAGUGAAAUUUAAGUGGCUUUGAAUAAUAAAAUUUUAGAGCUGGGAAAGCCUUAGACGCUACUAAUUCCCAAUCCUUUUAUUUUACCAUUGAGGAGUCUGGCUCAAGGAAGUUUUGUGGCUGCUGUAUCUGGCCCAGGUUAGAUCAUGGCUUAAAUCAAGAGAUAACAGGAUCUAUAUGAGAUACCAUUAUAUUGCAAAAGGCCUUAAGGGCGAGAAGCCCAUUAAUUUUUUAAAAAAAUGUUUAAUUAGAAAAGUGUACAAAUCGCAAAUUGUCAUAAAAUGAAUAUAUCCAUGUGACCACUGCUCAGAUCAAGAAGUAGAACACUGGGGCUGGCAUUGUGGCACAGCAGGUUAAGCUGCUGCUUAUGACACCAGCACCCACUAUCUGAGUGCUGGUUCAAGCCCCAGCUAUACCACUUCUGAUUCAGCUCCCUGCUAAUGUGCCUGGGAAAGCAGCAGGUGAAGGGCCAAGUGCUUGGGCCCCUGCCACCUUGUGGGUAACUCAGAUAGAGUUCCUGGCUUCUGACUUUGGGCUGGCCCAGCCCUGGCUAUUGAGGUCAGCUGGGGAGUGAACCAGUAGAUGGAAGAUCUGUCUCUCCCUAUCUAUCACUCUGCCUUUCAAAAUAUAUAUAUUUUUAAAAGCAGAAUAGCACUGGGAAUCCAAAAGACUUGCUCCUGUCCCUCAUCAAGACUCCAUACCUGCUCCCUAUCUUGACUUCUAACACCAUAGUGAAGUUGUUUUUAUGUAAAUAGAAUCAUACAGCAAUGUAUUCUGUUUCUGCCUCUUUUUUUUUUUUUCUGGGUAGCAAUUGUUUAUGUAUUCUCACUGUCCAGUGAUAUUCUACAGACUAUAUACUAUCAAUGAAGGUACCACAUUUGUUCAUUCUACUAUUGGUAAUCAUUCAGAUUGUUUCUAGUUAAGAUUAUGCCAGGGCCAGUGCAGUGGCUCACUUGGUUAAUCCUCUGCCUGCAGCACCAGCAUCCCAUAUGGGUGCCGGGUUCUAGUCCCGGUUGCUCCUCUUCCAGUCCAACUCUCUGCUGUGGCCCGGGAGGGUAGUGGAGGAUGGCCCAAGUGCUUGGGCGCCUGCACCCACGUGGGAGACCAGGAAGAAGCACCUGGCUCCUGUCUUGGAUCAGCACAGCGCACCGGCCGUAGCAGCUAUUUUGGGGCGUGAACCAACGGAAGGAAGACCUUUCUCUCUCUCUCUCAUUGUCUAACUCUGCCUGUCAAAAAAAAAAAAAAAAAAAAAGAUUAUGCCAAAGACAAUGCUUAAAUAAAUGUUACUGUGAUGAAAACAAACCCACCUUUCUGUUAGAUUGGUGAUAAAUAGUGAAAUCACUGAAUUAUAGGAUGUGCAUAUGUUCAAAUUAAGGAUACUGCCAAAUGGUUUUCUAGAGUGUUCACAAUCUAACCUCCCACCAGGCAGAGUGUUAGCAUUCCUACUGUGUCACAUCCUUACCCACCAAUACUUGAGCUGCAUCUUUAGCUGUAGUCUUUCUGGUGUCUAAUUUUUUGAAUUGGUGUUUGUCCUCCUUGCUAAUAAAGCUGAUCAAUUUGUA